GUGAAAGUAAGAUCAGCUGUUUCUGUUUACGUCUGUCUGAAACUCUGCUUGUUAUGCUACGAGUGAAACGGGAGCUGAAGUAUCUUUAAGAGGGUUUCCAUAGAUGCAACACCGAGAAGCGUUUACAGACGUAUUUGUUUGUGGAUGGGCAAGUUUUGGAGUAAAAUGGCUUAUCGACUAGUGGUAUACAGCCGCUCUCUAUCAGUGGAUUAUGAAGUGAGGGGACUUUUAAACUACAGUCUGUCCUGUUGUGUUAAUGCUUUGCUUCAGUCCUUUUCUGCUACCACUGAACUUCUGGACAUACUGAACAAAUGGCGUCCAUCAGAUGCGAUUGAUGAGACGAAUGUCCCACUGCAGUUGAAGAACGCCCUGGAAGCCAUGAGGGACAAAUCGCAUCCUGCUCCACACGAAGGUUUCCUCAACUGCCUCUAUCGUCAAGCCAUCCGACGAUUCUCUCAGCAGGAUGCAGAUGAAAUAUUUCACAUGAUCCUCAAUCUCAGUCAGAAGCAGAUGCCUGAUGAUGCUGUGGCUCAGGAAAUCCGCAGUCUCUAUGAAAUAAAGGUGGAGACCCAGGUGAUGUGUUCAGAAUGCACAUACAUUCAUCGUAUAUCCAACUCUCUUUUCAGCCUCCCUUUGGCGAUCUGUGAAGGAGAAAACACCCUAGAAAGCUGCAUCAACUCUUUUUUCAAGCAACAAAAGCUGGUGGACAGUGAUAAGUUUUACUGUGACCGGUGUGAUGAAAAGCAGCCGUCCACUCAUGAAGUGAAACUUGUCUCAUUGCCUCCGAUUCUGUGUGUCCACUUGAAAAGAUUCAGAAACAACAAUGGCUUCACCAGGAAACUCUACGACAAAGUUGCUUUUCCUGAAACAUUCAGCACUUCUAUUUUUGCUGCAGGGCAAUCAGAAAAUACUGGAUCUAAUUGUCUCAAGGCUGAUGAGCAUUACAGUCUCUAUGCAGUAAUAGUGCAUAUAGGAACUUCCAUGUCUGGUCACUACACUGCUUAUAUCAACUCGACUCAGGACCAGUCGUGGCGCUAUGCUGAUGACAGCCAAGUGCAUACAGCCACAUGGGAAGAUGUGAAGAAUACAUAUAUGGGAUACCGUGGCUCUAGUGCCACGGCCUACUUGCUUCUGUACAGGAAGAAGAGCUUGGAUUCAUCUGGAUAACUGUUGGGAACACAGUAGCACUCGGCUUGAUGAAGACUGUAUGGUUACUGCAGAGAAUAUUCCAAGAAUAGGACCAAACUCUGUUUAUAUUUUGGGUAUACCUAUGAAGAGAGGUGUUUAAAAAUGUAAAUCUGUAUUUUUUCAUGUUGAUUGGGGUUUAUAUAGGACUGUAUUUUGGAUAUGAUUAUGUUAUUUUUGCCAUUGGAUAUUUUGUGGAGUUUAUGGAUAUUGUUAAAUAAAAAUAAUAAUAUGUUUUCAAAUA